AUGGGCCAGACCAUGGUGAUUCGGAAUCAAGGCAACAUGCCUCAUCUAGAGAUGAAGAAUGUGCAACCAUAUCCUAAAGGCUAUGAAGCACCAAGCUUUGUCCUUUUCGACGAAAGGAAGGGGAGCCCGAAGGAGCAUGUCAACCACUUCAUCGAUGCUUUGGGACCACAUGCUGGUGAUUAUAAUCUCCGACUUAGAGAAUUUUCGAAGAGCCUUACCGAUCGUGCUUACACAUGGUAUACGACAUUGGCGCCAUACUCUGUUUGCUCUUGGGAGAAUUUGGCAAGUAGAUUUUGUAAGAAGUAUUUGCAGUAUGAAGAAAGAGUUACCACCACUCAACUCAACAACACUCGCCAAAAACAUGGCGAAGAUCCUAUGGACUUUGUGUUCAGGUUCUGGGACCUAGCGUUGGAUUGCUACGAUGAGAAAGAUGAGGAGGCGCUUGUCGAAAUUUGA